AUGGAGAUGAGUUCUUCCCUUAACGAGGAUCGGCCCCGUACUUGGCUAAUUGACACUAAGGAAGACCAGGAGCCUGAUCCUUCAAAGUGUUGUAUUUAUAGAGUCCCUGAAAGUAUUCGUAAAGGAAAUGCAGAAGCCUACACUCCUAAAAUGUUUUCAAUAGGCCCUUUUCACAAUGGUAAAGACAAAAUAAAAGACAUGGAAGAGAAAAAAUGGAGAUAUGUAAAAGACUUAUGUGACCGAACAACUCCUGAGAAAUUUGACGAAAUUUUCAACUUCAUCAAAGACCAGGAGCAAACGAUUCGAAAGAGUUAUUCAGAGGAUUGUAAGCUUGAGAGUCGUGCGUAUGUAAAGAUGAUUCUACGUGAUGCUAUUUUUAUCAUAGAGGUCCUUAUAAAGGAUUUUGAGAGAGAUGGAAGUGACAUUUUGUUACGUAUACCAGCGCAAAGAUAUGCUUUAAAGUCGGACUUGCUAUUAAUGGAAAAUCAACUUCCAUAUUUUUUACUUGAGGGACUAUACGAGUUAGUUGCCAGUAGGCCUUCCUUCAUUGAUAUUUGUAUUAAAUUCUUCAGGUUUCGGAAGUUUGCUGGUAGUGUACGUGACAAAAAAAAGUUUAAACAUUUCACCGAUUUGCAAAGAGCUAUUCUAGUGGAAAAGUUCCCGGCACAUGAGAUUGAUCAUGAAGAUGAUGAUGUUUAUAUACCUUGCGCCACAAAGCUACAUGAAUCAGGAGUGAAAUUUAAACUUGCUCCUAGAAGGGAAUGCCCACUUGUGAUCAGAUUUGAAGAAGGCGAGUUGACAAUACCAGAAUUAAUCGUUAACCACGAGACAGAUACUAAGUUUCGGAACAUAAUGGCUUUGGAGCAAUGUUGCUAUCCAAAUCGAACUAUCGUCUGUGAUUAUGUUUUACUACUAGGCUCUCUUAUCGAAGACAAAAGGGAUGCGCAGUUGCUUGUUGAUAAGGAAAUUAUUUGGAAUGAGAUGGGCGACAGUAAGGCAUUAGCAAAUUUGUUUAACAAAAUUGCAAUUGAAAUUCCUUUAGCUGGAAAUCAUUACAAUAAAAUUUAUCAGGAUCUGAGGGCAUACCAUGAUGAUCCAUAUAACCAAAACUGUGCAAAAUUGAAAAGAAUGUAUUUUAGCGAUAUCUGGAGAGGUACAGCAACUGUUGCAGCUGCUGUUCUCUUGAUACUCACUUUUAUACAAACCAUGUCUUCUGUCAUGCGUUAA